ACAUUUUUUGCCAGCCAGCUUCAAAUGAAAGAAAAUUAUAUUUUUUUAUUGAAUUUAAUGUGAGACAAAUUGCUGAGAUAAGUUCAAAUUGUGAAAGUCGCGAUUGGAAAAGUAAAGCCACACAAGAAAAAAAUCGAUAAACAAAAAUGGAAUUAGUAAAUAACGUACAAAGAAAUAUACCUACUUAAAGUUACAUACAUAAGGAAUAUAGAGCCCUAUCAUAAAUAGUAUAAUACAUAGAUGGUAAAUAUUCCAAGUGUUUAAAUGAGCAAAUCCGUUCAAGCCAUUGGCAGAAUGAAAUAUUCAUAAAGGCAAAUCCAAAACGUGCGACUACGCAGGAAUUACCCGCCAAGAAAACAAGCGUGAAAAUACAAAUACCGCAUUGCUGUAUGGGUGUAUAUGUGCAUAUGAGUAAGUGAGAGGCUGGGUAAUGACGCCGAGUGCGUGACUGUCGACAGCAAUCAUCAUAUCUAGUAGAAAAUCUGCACCACCGUCAAUCACGCCAAUGUCAACAGUUCGUCUUCAACAAGUGCAACACAUCCAUCAUUAUUACCAAAAGGAGCAACAAGAGACAGCACAGCAACACCGCAGCCCAGCAGACAACAGCGACGCAAUCGCACAGAAAUAAAUUUAAAUAAUGCUUGUAACUAGCUUUCUAAUGCAUUCUACGCCGAUUUAAGUGAGCUCACGUCACCAGCCCAACCACUUAACGCAAUCCCUACCCGAUAAGCACUCGAAACUUAGGAAGCUAUUGCCAACAUCGAAGUGGAUGCGACACCAUCGAACCACAGCGACACUCGUAAAAUAUUUGAACUACACAUAGAGAAGGUAUCCGCGAGGAGGGAGGCAGAAAAAUGUUCGAUACGAAAUGGUUGCCUGCCGCCUGUGGCAGUUUGGCACCCGCUCUUAUACCGCCCGCUCACAUGUUGGUGUUGGCCUACUUUUGGGAAAAUUACUCGCGCUACGUUGAUAAGCACUUUUGUACAUGCUCCUGCUGGGACACCAUAUUCAAAGGGCCCUACGAGUCGGGUGUUGCCUCAUACAAGCAUCUCUACUUCAAUGUCACACAAAAUUCAUUCAAAAUGUGGCUGCUCACUGUAUUCGCUGUUAUUGCGCUUUAUGAAUGCAUUAAACAGUUGAUUGCGUUGAUAUUGCAACAACGUUGUCGCUACUCGAUGUUGUUGCUCUUCUCGCUGUCGAUAUUUUCACACUAUUAUGCCUGGUGGGCGUACAUAAAUUACUACAACGAUGACUAUUACCAGCAAUGGAACCAUCAGCUAUUUUUUACGGUAACCGAAAUGAUAUCUUCCUUGCUGGUCAUGCAUCUCGCGAACACUACUAACACGGUCACAUCGAAGAAAGUAUUCUGCAUUGUUGGCAUCGCCAUACUCCACAUCACAGCCAGCAGUUUCGACCAGUUCUUCAUGAAUGUGGUGCGUGGCGAAGGUUAUGCACAUCAAAUAGUACGAGAUAUCGGCUUUAUGGUGCCAGAUAUACUGCAAUUAAUCAUACCAUUGUGGCUGUUCCGCAAGACGCGCAAGGAAUCGUACACAACGCGUCCCUUUUACCGAGACCGCAAUCUACACAAAGACAUUGUGGCGAUGUUAUUCUUCGUGCUGGCGCUCUUUGUUGUCUGUACGAUUUUGUGAGAUAGAAUUUUCCAAUACCUGCAGAUGAUGAAUAGUGAGGAGGAAGCGCGCGCAACGAGACGCAUGAAUCUGAUGGCUCGACUAUACUUCAAUGUGUAAGGUAAAUAAUGUAUAUACUAUACAUAUAUACGUCUGUCUGAGUUACAGCAACAACAACCAAGUGUUGAAUUGAGCUGCACGCGUUUGUUGGUGGAUGCCGCUGAAGAGUUCUGAGCUUGCGGUGACACACUUUUUGCUGAAACUACUAAACGUUGGCGUGUAAGUCUAGAUGUAGUUAGUUUUAGCAACAAAAUAUAUGAAAUACGUACUUAUUUACUUAUAUAUAGUAUAUAUAUAUAGAUACAUAGAUACAUAUACUUACAUAUAUUAGAGUAAACCAAAGAACAAAUUUUCCCCUCUCUAACCUUGUGAUAACUGUGUUUCUUUGAUAUCCUUAGAUUUUAACAAAUUUAAUCAUAUUUGUUUCAAUUUCUUACCUGUAGUGAUUAUUAUUUAGGUUCCUUAGGAAAGAUGUUUUAUAAUCUAAACAAUAUUUAAUAUUAGAAGAGAGAGGGUGUUUAGCUGUCAUUCACAUACAUACAUAUGUAUAUGCAUUUGGUCAAAUAUUUUUAAACACUGAGUUGCAUUCCUUGAAAAUAGAACAUAUUAUUACAUGCAUCGGCAGUCACACACUCUGUCUUUUCCUACCUUUAUAUGACUCAACUCUACACCCUUAUCCAGUCUGCAGAAACCAGAAUUAAGGACGUGGUUGUUGAGGUCGUUAAUAUUGUAUCGGCGUAUGCCAGCAGCUAUACA